UUUAUUUGACACAACAAGAGAACGAAGAGAGUGAAGAACAGCGCAAAAGCUGUUCUCAUAUCACGUGAGAAGUGCUCUUCAGAGGAGUUGUUUAAAAAGUGUGUCACAAAACUAGUCUAUGGUUUUCAUUGACAGACCAGUGGUUACCUUUAAUUAUCAUAUAUUAUGCUCUCAUUAAUUAUACACUAACUUUGCAUGACUGAGAUGUCUGAUAAUUUUUUACCACACAUCUGAUCCAUCAAUUAAUUUAUUUCAAACGAUCAUAUCAUCAGAGAUGGAGAAUCAUAGCGAAGAAAAAAUUGAUUAUAUUUAUUGUUCACAAGUGUUGAAGUCAUUGGACUACAGUAACUCUGUUACCUCACCGGCAAAAUUGUCAAAGAAUCUCAAGUUAAGACCUCUUCAAACUGAUGACUAUCAUAAAGGAUACCUUGAAUUGUUGUCUCAGCUAACAGAUGUGGGAACAGUCGAUGAAAAACAAUUUAUUGAGCGCUUCAAUCAAAUGAAAAGCGACGGAAAGUAUUACAUUACAGUGAUUGAGGACUGCGACCGAAAUCGGGUUAUAUGUUCGGCCACUUUGUUCACUGAAUACAAAUUCAUUCACAACGCAUCCAAGAGAGCCCGAAUAGAGGACGUAGUGGUGGACAGUGAUUAUCGCGGCCAACGAUUGGGUCAUUUGAUUAUCGAAACUCUUAAACUAUUGGCACAGAAGUUGGACUGUUAUAAGUUGACACUCGACUGUCGCGAUGAGAUGAUCGGGUGGUAUAACAAACUGGGUUUCAUAGCCAUACCCACCCGCGCUAAUAUGCUUACCAUUAGGUUUAUUAGUUGAUUAUAUGAUAGUACUAAUUAGAUAUAUACAGUAAAUGUUAUUGAAAUUUUGAUAUUAUUUUUUUAUAUUGUUUUAUUGUUACGAUUUUGAUGAGAUUUUAUUUUGUUAUAUUAUAAUAAUAAAAUUGAAAUAAAUGCAUAGAAUAUAAAA